UGGGCCCCCGCGGCGUGACGCAAGCACGGCAGCUCCGCCCCCUGCGUCUCUGGCCUCGCCGGUGUUGGGGGGGAUGGUUCUAUCAUGGCGUCAAUGCAGAAACGACUACAGAAGGAACUGUUGGCUUUGCAAAAUGACCCACCUCCCGGAAUGACUUUAAAUGAAAAGAGUGUUCAAAAUUCAAUUACACAGUGGAUUGUAGAUAUGGAAGGUGCACCAGGUACCUUAUAUGAAGGGGAAAAAUUUCAACUUCUAUUUAAGUUUAGUAGUCGAUAUCCUUUUGACUCUCCUCAGGUCAUGUUUACUGGUGAAAAUAUUCCUGUUCAUCCUCAUGUUUAUAGCAAUGGUCAUAUCUGUUUAUCCAUUCUAACAGAAGACUGGUCCCCAGCGCUCUCAGUCCAAUCAGUUUGUCUUAGCAUUAUUAGCAUGCUUUCCAGCUGCAAAGAAAAGAGACGACCACCAGAUAAUUCUUUUUAUGUUCGAACAUGUAACAAGAAUCCAAAGAAAACAAAAUGGUGGUAUCAUGAUGAUACUUGUUGAUGCCACUGUUAUCAUCCUCCUAGCAGAAGAUAGUCCUACUGAGAAAAUGAGCACUUUGAUCAUUCAGUCUUUGAACUUUAACCUUUGACUGGAAGUGACCUAUAGGCAAUGAAGACUACUUCCUUUUACUGCAUUUUUACUCGUGUGCAUUCUGGGCGCAUGUUGAUCGCUGGUUCAGUCCAGGCAACUGACAUGCUUUUAUUAGUCAUACAGUAUUAAUGCAGGUGUCAGGAAAUGUCAAAUAUAAUUCCAUUUUUUAUUUUUAUUUUUUUAAGCUUUUGGAAAAGUUCCAGGUCCUCAUGUAUGUGCAAUAACAAUGACUUCCUUGGCGGUUUUGGGACGUUCAUUGCCGGCAAUGGACGUUGUAACAGGAAAAAUUUUCAUUAACUCCUGCCACCCAAUGAUUAAUGCAUGAUAGGGCCUAUGAAAUGAACUUAUCAGUUAGAGUGGGAUUAUAAAUAAAGUGAGGGAACCAACAUUACUUUGAAAGUCACCCCAACUGCUUACAUUUGGAUUCUAUGCACUGUGAACCCUAAGGUUAACAGCAUGAAUUAACAUGCGUCUUUAAAGGACUGUAAUGAAAGAUCAUUGCAUAUUUAUUGAAUUGUUUAUAUCUGCUGUCAAGUUGUUUUGACAUGGACAGUUUUCAAGUGACAUUGGCAGAGAGGUACAAUAUGUUAUCCCUAUGGUGAAAAUGAAUUCAUCUGUUGUAUAUAGUUCCUCAGUCUCUGAAGUAAAGGUGUGAGUAAUAUAGGGUAUGAGUGGUUUAAUCAAGGCUUUAUUUUGGAAGUAAGAAAAAUGGCAGUGACAAGUAAACUGCUGCAGUCCAUGAUCUGGGCUUGUUGUUUGUACGUUAACGAUUUCCCCAAGCAGAUGACACUCUGCUACUUCCCGCUAGCCGUCAGCAUGAGCCCUGCUGCCUCGACACUAUUUCAUUUAUUUAUGUUCGGAAAAUCCAUAAACAUUUUUGUUUGCAGUUUUGUUUCUUUUGUUAUGUUAAGUCAAGUUUGAAUGUUACAAUACUUUAAUUGAAAAACUUGUCAAGUUUUUUCUUGUAAAUUUUCUUUACUUGUAAGUAUCAUCUUGUCCUUCAAUCCUGUACCCUAAAAUAAGAAAUACAUUUUUGACAGAGGCUUAA